AUGCAGGGUGAUGAUCCGCCUUUCUUGCCGGUCGGGACUGAUGUGACUCUUAAAGCUGGUGGAAUCACCACAGUGAAUGAUGAUAUGAUUAAGGGCACGCUGCGAGUAGGUAGCACUGUUGAGGUAAAACAGGAUCCUAAAAAAGAUGCAAUGGAAGCUGUCAUAACUAAGAUACAAGACUGUAGCCAAUACACCGUUGUUUUUGAUGAUGGCGACAUAACAACAUUACGCCGGUCCGCUCUGUGUCUUAAAAGUGGGCGACAUUUCAAUGAAAGUGAAACCCUAGAUCAGUUGCCAUUGACGCACCCAGAGCAUUUUUCCACCCCGGUCAUAGCUGGUAGGCGCGGCAGAAGAGGGAGAGCUCAGUCUGAGGAGAGCGAGGGCGAAGGCGUAUCGCGUCGCGUGAAGGCCGACAGCGAGCCGCACGUGGGGCGGGUGGUGUUGGUGGAGGCGGGCAGCGGGGCGGAGCGUCGCCGCCCCCACCAGCCCGCCUUCCCCGCCCUCGUCGUGGCGCCCACCGCCCAGAUCAAGGUCAAGGAGGACUACCUCGUGCGCUCCUUCAAGGACGGCCGAUACUACACGGUGCCGAAGAAAGAGGCGCGCGAAUUCCGUAAGGGCAGCGCGCCACUAGAGUGGGCCGGUGUGGAGGCGGCCCUGCAGUACCUCAACAACGGCGUGCUUCCGCCGCACUGGGACCGCGAUACUCUCUUCAACGAGCCCAGGAACACCUCGGAUGAUAGCUCAGAUGAUGAACCGCGCGAGGAGAAAGACCACUUCGUUGCUCAACUGUACAAGUUCAUGGAUGACAGAGGCACUCCGCUCAACAGGAAUCCCACUAUUGCCAAUCGGGAUAUUGAUCUUUAUAGAUUAUUUCGUGUUGUUCAAAAACUUGGUGGAUAUAAUCGAGUAACCAACCAAAACCAGUGGAAGACUAUUGCAGAUAAAAUGGGCUUUCAUCCUGUUACAACAAGUAUCACAAAUCUCUGUAAACAAGCAUAUAAAAAGUUCCUGCACAGCUUCGAGGACUUCUACCGGAAGCUGGGCGUGACGCUGGUGGCGCACCCGCGCGGCGCGCGCACCCCGCCCGCCGGCCGCUCGCUCAUCCGCGACCGCGACAAGCAGCCGCCCACCUCCUCCUCGGCCAGCUCCACGCCCACCGGCACGCCGGCGCAGCGAGGCAAAGAAAAGGAUUCGGAUAAGAGCGAAACGGAGAAGAGCGAUAAAAGUGAAAAAGAGGACAAAGUAGAGAAGAUAGAAAAACCGAAGGAGAAGAUUCAAGCAAGUGAUGAAGAAGACAGUGCCGAUAAUCAGCCCCUGAUUGUUACCGCGCCAAAGGUCGAAAAGGAGAAAGAAAAAGAGAAAGAGAGGGAAAAGGAGAAAGAGAAGGAGAAGGAGAAAGACAAGGACAAAGAGAAAGGUUCGCCGAUGAGCACGGGCGAAGAGAAGGCGGUUAUUAAACCUCGCUCGCAGUCGAAGACCCGUAGCCUGUCGGUCACAAAAACUGAUUCGCACGCGCACGAAAAGAGAACGCCCAAAAGGAGGCCCUUUCUAUCUAAAGCGGGCGAAGGUACGAGCGUUGGGACUCCGAGGGCAUCACGCCGACCCCACGCCUCCACCGACAGCGAUAGUUCGGGUCGUGCCUCUAGCAGGUGCGGUCCCACUAAGAAGAUGCAAAGUCGACGAAGCCAGAGCGCGAAUUCUGCCAGCAGCGGCAACACUAUCGCGUCGAACAGCAGCAAGAGGCCGCGCAAGAGAAAGAGUACAGAACCGUCUAUGAGCGAGUCCACGCGCUCCGGCGGAGUGAAUACAAAAGCUCAGGUUGGCGACAAGUUGAAAGUUUACUAUGGCCCCACGCAAUCAGAGUCGAAGGUCACGUACGAGGCGAAAGUGAUAGAGAUCUCCUCUGAGGGGAUGCUGCGCGUCCACUACACCGGCUGGAACACACGCUACGACGAGUGGAUAAAGCCGCAGCGGAUCGCCCUCAACGUGACACAGCACGACGCGCACAACAAGAAGGCACGUGGGAAUACGAGUUUGAGCAGACGGGCGAGAAGUAAAAGGACUGAAGAAUCGUCGGCUCGCUCCGAUACAGAUAGCGAUUCGGACAGCGACGACGACAUAAAGCGGGCGCUGAAGAAACCUGAUGACAAGUCCAGCGUUAAAACCCCGCCGAGGUCGAAGGAUGCGAAAUCAAGCGACAGCAGCGGCUCGAGCAAUCCGCGCAAGAGACCGGUGCGCACGAGUUCCACGCCGUCGCUCAUCUCGCCCGCCAAGAAGCCGCGCGUCGCCAUCCCCGGCCACCAGCCCCAGCACCAGCACCAGCACCAGGGGCGGGACUACGAUCUGAACGAGAUCAGGUCCGAGCUGAAGGGGCUGCACAGCGUCAAGCAGGAGACCGAGGAGCCGCUCAAGGUGGAGACGCAGAAGGAGCGAAACGCGCCGAGCCCCAUGCAGACGCCGCUCCAGCCGCCCGAGCCGCCGCAGCCCGAGAAGCAGCCGGAGGACGUUUACGAGUUCAAGGAGCCCGAGCCGUUCGAGAUCGAACUGCACGACGAGAAGAAGAAGCGCACCCAUCGGAUAUUCGACGACAUAUCGCCGAGCAAGUACACGUCAACGCUGUCCAAGUCGCUCAGCGAGGAGAUAUCCGAGGACGCGCUGCGGCCGAGGACCUCAACCCUGAGAUCGCCAUCGCUGUCGCCUUUCAGGGACUUUGCCGCGGCAAGAGAGCUGCCUGACCGACAGAGCCCAGAAGAGGACUCCAAAGACGGCCUGUUCUCGCUGGACGACGACUCUUUCCCAGGCGACGGCAGCUCGGGGCCCAUUUUCGAAGGUUUCACGCCGGCUAAGAAUCAGGAGACCUACUCUAAGAAGAGCAAGGUCACCAAGUUGCGCGAACUAAUCGACGACUCGCCAGAUAGCCCGGCCGACGACGAGCGUUCCUCCGAAGAUGAAAACGAAGGGGCUAAACAGGAGAGCGAACAGAGUCCCCCAGAACCCACCUUGGAACUUACUUCUGUCACAGAAGUAUCAGAGCCGAUGAAAGAAGAAGCGCAAGACGUCGAACCGGUUAAGGAAGAAAUUGUUAUUCUUUUAAGCGAGGAGCAAUCAAAGGAGAUUCCUGAACCGCCGAAAACACCCCCACUUCAAAUAAAGUUGGAACUUCCCAACACCAGCGUCGAAAUUGUUCCAUCUAAAUCUCCCACCGCGACGUCUCAACCGAUCGAUGAAUCCAAGAAGAGCAUUACACCGGUCGAUAAAGAAGACCAAGUCCAAGUGCUGCUGAUUCCACUGCCAGCUGCCGAGCCGAAAGAGAGCAUGAGGUUGAAAAUCGACAAACUGGACCCGGAUCCAGUGAUUUCGAAAAUGGAACCACCCUCCAGCCCCCUGAUAGACACUGAAGAGGACAAAUCUGAGCCCGACAGCCCGGCUAGGAUCGACGUCCUCCCGGAACCGCCCCCCGGGUUCCUUCUGCAAUCCGAAGGCCCCAAGAUAGCGGAGAAGCUCCUGAAAGCGAUAAACAGCGCGAAGAUACUGUCAAUGUCCCCGCCGCCGGUGGAAGAGCGUCCGCUGACGCCGGGCAAGGACGCCCUAGCGGCGAUAGACGAGAAGCCUUCUCCAAUAUCGCCCGCGAUCAAGCCUCUCACCAAGCCGGAGCCUCUAAAACCGCCGGGCAAGGUGGACCCGAUCAAGAAAAUAAGCCCGCUCCCCGUAGCCGAUUCGAUAUUCGGCGAGCCGUCGAACUUCAUGGACCCGAAGCGCGACCUGGCCGAUAUGAAGAAGACGAAGAGCAAGGAGCCCACCCCUCCUAGGCUGCAGAGUCCUCUGAGCGUGCUGGAACGUCGCAAGAGCGUAGCAGAGCUGCCGCUCAGCGCUCCGGGCAAGAACAACAAGGUGCUGAGCGACACGAUACAGAAGCUCUCGAGCCAGAUAAACCAAUCGGCGGCCAGCAUCCCCCUGCCCCCCUUCCCGCCGGGGGACAGGAGCGAAUCGAGCGACUCGGACGACUCCGAUAGGAGGCUGAUAAUCGACAAGGUGUCGAUGGAGGAGUGGGCGGGCGGCGGCGGUUGCGAGGCGGCCGGGGCGCGGGCGCUGCACGCGGGCAAGUCGCCCGGCGAGUGGAGCGCCGGCGAGACGCUGCUCAUGCUCGAGGACGCGUGCAAGAACGAGAGGAAGCACAGCGCGAGUGUGGUGGUGGCGGGCAGCGGGCGGCCGGGAACGAGCGCGGCCCCGCCCCCUGCCGCGUGCGCCGCCGCGGCAGAAGAGGAUAGCAACAUAUCCCUGUUGCUCUGCGAGGAGACGAUCCCCGGCUCGCCCGCGCCGGACGCAGAGCCGGCCCCGCCCCGCCACAAGCACACGCUGCCCUUCGCCUGCGCGCCGCCGCACCACUCGCACUCCAAAGCGGAGGAGCGUCGCAACUCGGGCGGUGGGCGCGCCGGGGAGGGGGAGGAGGCGGCGGGGAUGGCGGUCGGUGGGGGCGGGGGUGGGGCUGGUGGGGCGGGGGCGGCGCCGUGGACCCGCCGCCACGCGCUCAUCGACAACACGCCGCCCACCACGCCCGACAGCAGCCUCGACAUGUCCCCGCAGCGUGAGAGACGUAUAUCGGAGAGGGACAGUCCCUCGGAGCGCAAGGAGGACGAAGAGGAGCCGCACGGCCACGGUUCGCCCGCACAUGACAUGGAUAAACCUCGCCCGAGCCGAUCGCGGAAGGCGUCCGAGAGCUCGCUGGCGGGCCGCGGCCGCACGCGCCGUUCCCGACGCGACACGGACGACAACGCGCACGCGCACGCACCGCACAACGCGCACGCGCACGCGCACCAAACGCUCAAGUACAACUUCAUCGUCGACCUGGAUCCAUCUUGGGACUGUCAGAAGCGUAUCAACGUUCUAACGUCGCGACUGGCAGAUCUACGUAAGACGUAUCAUUCAGUGAAGGCUGAACUCGCCGCCAUCGAUCGGCGUAGGAAGAAGUUGCGACGAAAGGAGCGAGAAGCUGUGAAGGCAGCAAAAGCGGCAUGCUCA